GCCGAUAUCUCUGUGAACCCUUCCCGUUUUAUUUACUAUACCUCGCUUGGGAGUUGGCGUAGCGACUUUACAGUACCCCUGAAACGGACAGGGAUGUGGAACCGCCUCGCAAGGCUGAGCAAAUGUGGCGGCCAAGGCUACUGGUAGCCUUCUGUUUCAUCUCAACGCACGUACUGGAUAAAAUUCUCUCUCUGCAAUAUGACACAAGACGUGACACAAGAAGUACAAAUGUCAGCGCGCUCCUUGUCUCUACAGUCUCAAUUCUCACCACAGCCAUGAAAGAUGCUCUCCAAUACUGCACGAGAGCCAGAGGCUGCGUUCUCGACGCCGUUUUAUACCGACAACAGCGACAGCCAUAUUCCGUUCCUGGCGAUUGAGGGAAAGGACCCGGUACAGAUGCUGGAAUCCAUCCACCCACAAGUUGGCAAGAAUGCUGGGAGAGCUGCGUCAGUGGUAAUCUAUUUGAGAGUCUAUCUAAACGAUACUGAUUUCUGGACGUGCCAGAUGCUGGUCCUUCUGCUCUAUGACAGCGGUAUAUACCACAAAGCGACUAAUGGUGAAACACGGAUACCAUUACCGUACGCUCAAAUGAUCAAAUGCCCCUCCUUCCAAAUGGCUUACAUGGAACAGCUCUUACAAUUGCUUUCCGGUCUUUCGCCGCGAUUCUCAUUGUGUACGCCAUUCUUCUUCGAACGAAAUCAGAGUCGAUCUUAAUACGAGGUUCAAAGAGAAGGCUACAGGGCUUGAAACAACCAGAUGGUGGCGAUUUUCUGUUGAAUAGCUACUGGGCUCCCAUGAUACCAGCGGCGUUGGUGGCUGCGGCUUCAUUCCCUUUGUUGCUGGAAGGAGUCCUGCACAUGCCCAGUUUGGCAGUUCUGCUUAUGCUAUUUGUAGGUGAUGACGCUCCUCAAUGCCCCAAAAAACGCUUAUUGGUGUAGCCCGUCAUCUAUACUACAGAAUCUCUCAUUCUUUUCGUCUGUUGCUCUAAAUCUCGAUCACAGAAGCUCGUUUCAUGGGAAGCUGUCGUCUCCACAGCAGCAUCGAGUAUCGUUCUAUACAAAGAGUAUCGACUGAUGGUUCCUGGCCUCUUAUUCGGCGUGGGAGGGAUACUACUCCUAGGAGUCUCACGCGGACUAUUCAUAUUAGGAUCAGAAAGAGCUGGCUCUGAUAUUGCAGUACAUGCAAAGUUAAAAGCAUACCAUGGUUUUGUUAUCAUGACUCUCACCUUUGGUCUUUUAUUCAGUGGUAUCACGGGGUACUACAUUGAAAGCAUCAGAUCGACAAGAUCUCUACGAAUCGAGACUGUUGCAUUGAUGACUAUCAAUAUCGUCUCGAUCGUUGCGACUGCAUUCUCCGGGACUUUUCUUAUGGGAUAUUUCCCCAUAUCUUUUGAGGAGGGAACACUACAAGUCUCCCAGAUACCCGUCUGUGGUGCAAAUUUCCUAGCGCCUUUUGCAGCAAGUCUGCUACUUCUUCUGGCAACUAUCAGUUCAUUUCCAGUCUCUUUCAUCUCUUUGUUUCAAAUCGCAGCUUAUUUCGUCGCAUCUAUCUGUUUGCUAGGAGCUGACCAAGCCCACCACUCUAUUUUGAUAUGUAUUGAGGGCGUUCAACAAUGGGUAAACAAUGUUCUUGGGAAGGGGAGGACGCACACAAGGAGAUGCAGCCGAAUCUUGACUGGAUGCACAUUAUUCGUCCUUCUCGUAUGCCUCAGCUCAACCAUUUACUCAUUUGCAUACUCCGCAAUCACGUCUCUUCCGCCAAGUGUACCGACAACCUUCGACACCGCAUUCGUUCCUUCAAGUCGCUUCGAAAUCGUCGUAUCCAUGUACAAGGAAGACCCCGCUUCAGUCCAAGCCAUGCUCAAAGCGAUCAAAAGCACGACUUUUCUCACCACGCUCCAACCCCGCGUCAUCAUCUAUACCAAAGAUCCAAUGCAAGAUCUCUACAAGCUGAAGGAAGCCACUGACGCAGACCUUGUUGAGCGUUUAGACAACCUCGGACGAGAGGGCGGGACGUAUCUCUGGCACAUCGUCAAUAAAUGGGAUGAGCUCGCCGAACAAACCAUGUUUAUCCAAGCUCACGCGCACAAUAUGCGAGAACUCAUUCCAAGAAUCAACUCAUAUCUAACCAAAGAAACCGGAAUGCUGAGUCUUGGCUUUACGGGUGUAACUUGCCCAUGCAGCAAUUGCACGGACAGAUGGGGAUGGGAAGACAAAUGGGGCGUCAUCCCAGCUCUUUAUGAAAAGAUCUACUCUCGUGCUUGCGAAGCUAAAGAACAUGUUCUCCUCUCCUACAAAGGCCAAUUUGUUGCCAGCGCGCGCCGUAUUCGUGGGAUAGACAGGAACAUCUUCGGCGGACUUCUCACUGCGAUCACAAGCAAAAAGGGCUGGAGUUAUGACGCUUCGUCUCAGGACAUCGCGGGCGCGUCUACCGACGAAGAUAGCCCUAGCAAUCCGUACUUUGGCUUCGCCAUGGAAAGAGUUUGGGGUCUGGUAAUGCAGUGCGGCACGAAUGCUGGGGUGGCAGCUAUGUGUCCGAGCUUGCUGAGUGGCAUGGGAAUGGGUGGCAACGUUGAAGAUUGCCAGUGUUUGGACAUGCUUGUCAAUUAAUUCCUCUGAGAGUGGGCUGACUACGUGAGAUGUAUUCUAAAUGUCCCAUCAUACCAGAAUUGCGACUGCUUGGACGUUCGUUCGUACCUUUGGGCAAAGUCUGGAAAUACAGCGUCUCUUGUGGUCCCGGACUCAUUCCCCACGAAGAAUCCCAUACUCUAUAUCAAUCUGCUUCCGUGGCUACCUAACAACCCAGCUCUGCAUGCUGCCUGCCUCACCUUCUUCUCAAGUAAGCAGAAAGAAAUAAGUGUCUCAAAACUGCCAGCUGUCCACAGGCCACAGUCUAUCUCGGUGGAAUUGCUAUGAAUGAUCAUUAAGAAGCUUGUAAAUAUGAAUACUUAGUGAAG